UGUCCCCUGACCGUCAAGCAGUGAACCCACCGGUCAGAUCUAGCAACAGAACCUUAGGCAAGUCAUCCACUGGGAAGAGCUCGAUUGUUCCCAACACAGUGACAAAACCAAAGAAGGCCAUCAAGCAGGGCAAAACUAAACAACCAGCCAAGAAGGCCCGUACAAGUGCAGGUGUCCAAUUUCAGGAACCAUCUUCUGCCCAACCCUCGACAGCCUCAGCUGUCCAAGUAGACACGUCUCACAUGGAAGGGGAUAACACUACUGCCGCAUCUCAAGAUGAGAGCCAAACCUCCUCUCUUACUGCGUCUACUCCACGAGGUGGAGGGUCUCCAUUCUUCUCUCCUCCUACUGGGAAGGCGCACAGUGAUGGCGCCACAAGGGAUUGGUCUGGCGAUGAUCGCCGUCGUCAUUCUUCACUGUCUACUCGAGUCUGUUUCCAGAAUGUCAACGGAUUACCAGAGAAUGGCACUGACUCGAAGCAACAACAGAUCAACUCCUGGCUGAAGGAGGAACAAGUGGGAAUUGCGUUGUUGGCAGAGGCCAAGACGUUUUGGCCGUCUAUCAAUGAAGGUCACGGUUGGAGUGACAGACUCCGUCAAGCUACGAUGAAGUCCGAGCAAAAAGGGUUUUACUCGUCGGUAGCUUACAAUCGGCAUCAGGACAGAUCUGCUGCCACCUCGGCGGUACAAUGGGGUGGGUGCAUCGCAACCGUUUUGAACCAAGUGGCGCACAGGGCUAAGGAAGCUGGCAGAGACCCCACGGGUUUAGGACAAUGGGCCUAUGUCCGUCUCCAAGGAAGGAAGUUGAAAGCCCAUGGGGGUAAUGUUCAGGACUCUUUGGUUGAGAUCACCAAAUGGCGUGAUGAAGGGUGUGAGGUGGUGUUGGGUAUAGAUGCAAACGAGGAUGUCACUGUGAACGUACCCCAGUCUAUCCGCCAUCGCUUCCGGGCCUGCGGUCUUGAGGAGGCGAUCCUAAAACACCAUCCACCGCAAGCGACCCACCAGCACAACCAACGGAACAUUCCGAUUGAUGGUAUCUUCACCACUUUGGGCGUACAAAUCCUUGCAGGUGGGUACUAUGCCUUUGACGAAUUCUUUGAUUGCGAUCAUCGCGGAUUGUGGAUUGACAUUGAUCUUUCCGCCUCCUUGGGCAACUUCCAACCUCCGAAAUCCAACUUCAAGCCACGGAAGUUGUCCCUUCAAGACUCUCGAUCUGUCCGCAAAUAUCUUCAAUUGGCUCACAAAGGUUAUGCCAAGUACUCCAUCCCGGAGAGAUUGAAUAAGCUGAAUAAGCGUAUUGCUCACCUGGGCCACCAGAUGACCCCUCCUUUGGUGCGCAAAUACAACUGUUUACACAGACGAAUGUAUACUGUGAGGCGCCAGGCGGAAGAGAAGUGCCGGGCCUUAGCUCCAGGUAAAGUUCCCUGGUCACCAAAAAUGCAGGGAUUCUGGGAUCGUAUGAGCCUGUGGAAGCUUCUGUUGAAAGGCAAGAAAGGUUGUCGUGUCAGUUCGCGCAAAGUUCGCCGGUUGAUGAAGAAAACAGCGUUGCCACAAGCUUGGAGGAAGUCAGAGGGUGAUCUGGAGGACUGCCUGAAGCAAGAGCGCGCCUUGUACGGGCCUUAG